GCUCUUCCUUGGCAGGUGUUCCCAGUCAAGUUCUGGUUUUCCCAGAGAAUCAUGGCAGAAGGUGGAUUUGAUCCCUGUGAAUGCAUUUGCUCACAUGAACAUGCGAUGAGAAGGCUGAUCAACCUGCUGAGACAAUCCCAGUCGUACUGCACAGACACAGAAUGCCUUCAGGAAUUGCCAGGACCAAAUUCCUCCAGUGACAAUGGCAUCAGCUUUGCCAUGAUCAUGAUGGCCUGGAUGGUGAUUGCGCUUGUCUUGUUCCUGCUGAGGCCCAGUAACCUGAGAGGAUCCAACACAGCUGGAAAACCUUCCAGUCCACAUAACGGACAAGAGCCACCAGCCCCACCUGUGGACUAGAGCCUGCAGUAUUGGAAAAGUUCAGCAGCUAAAACCUUGCACGACCAAAUGAACGAAGUGACCAGAUUGCUCCUAAAUCCCAUUCAAUCCUGCUUUCUUUUCUCAUUUACAUACAGUAGAAUUAUCAGUCGGCGGUUAUCUUCAUGGACUGCUUUUAGCUACUUAAAUUUUAAGUUAAUUUUUGCUUUUUAUGUAAUUACCAUUUCAAGUAGGCGAUAAUUCAAUUAAAUGAUAAGGCAUUACAGGGGUUUUUUGGUUGCUACUGUAGCUGUGGAUGGUUCCACUCAGCUUCUUUCUGUUACAGCAAUCUUAAUUUCUUUGCAGUGGUUUCUAGUAUCCAUUGAAGGAAAGUGAAAAUCCCUGUGCAUCUAUAAAAAUGGAAGGUUCUGACCAUUCUUCAGAUUAAUCCAUUUUUUUUUCUUCAAUAUAUUUUUGAGAGUUAUAUUAUGGCUUCAAUUAUUAGUUUAGUGAUGUGGUGAAAAUAAAUAAAUAAAUAAAUUAUUUUGUAUUUGCCCUGAGUUCAGAGCAGCUUUUAGUCAGGUCUUUGGACCACUAACAUAGUUUUCAGGGGUUUUGGCAAAAUCAUGGAUUGUCCACUAGAAUUCGAGUAUGGGUGUAUGUGUGCCAAGAAGUGAAUGUGACAAUUGCCACUGUCAAAGCCUUUGCUUAUAUAUUGGAACCUUUACAAAAAAGAUUAUUCCACCAAAAAUGAACAUAAACUAAUCUUUUAAUAAACGAUAUAUUUUAGUCGGUGUAUUGUCAAAAACAGUUUAUUCCGAAAACUAUUUUGUUUGCUUAAAAAUCUUAUGAAAAGAGAAAUCUAGUGCUAAGCACUUGCUAUAAUUUUCUGUCCUGGAUACAAUCUUUCAAUAAUCAGUAUCUUAACAAAUUUUUAGCCGUGAUGCCGUGAUGUGAUAGAUGGGAUGAAAUCCUACCAACAGGCUACCAGCUCCCAAGACAGCACACAUAUACCGGAGGUCCAGGUAUUUUCCUGUGUGCUAUCAGCAGUUCCUCACAUUUCAUCCUAGCUUGCUGGCUGUAACUGUAGAAUAAUAAGAUAUUAAUAAUAUUUCAGCUAAUAUUUCAGGUGUCCCCCCAGGGCACGUCUUUCCCCUCUCAUGGCUGUGUGUGCCUGCGUGCGGUGUGCGUUUGUGUCUGCGAGGACAUGUGGCUGUGCACGUAUCCGUGCACAUCACCCAUUUUAGCAAAUGGGAAUGACUUUUUUAUGUACAUUAAUUUAAGGACGUUUUAAAGAUGUACAGAAAAGUGACACUGUAUAUUUUUCUUGAUUCAUUUGGGAAAAAAAAAAAAAAGAUGAGAAUAAUGUAAAGAGCAUUUUUGUGUUACCAACAUGGAGCUUCUUUCUUUAAAGGUCAGUAGAACAGGCUUGUGGGAAUUCAAAGUCUUGCUCUACAAACCUUUAUUUCAUGAGGAUUUUAGUUGCUCAGUGGAAGGCAGUAGCUGUUCACGUGCAUAAAGGUUUGUUUUAACGAGCUCUGACAAACUCUCGUGUUGGAUCCCAUGGCUGAUAGACACAGGGCUUUCCUCCUCAGGGUAAAUGACAGGCCAGCUCAGCCUGCUCGCAAGGCUGCAACGUAGACCUGAAGAAAGGCUUCUCCAAUUAGACCUAAUUGCCCAUUGAAUUUCCGUGGAACAGUGUGCUCCCAAGCAACAUGUGUUUUAAAAUGUAUUGGAGCAUGUGUUUUAAAGAAACAAAAAUGAGGAAGAGUGGGUGGAUGCUGUCGGCCGCCUCCGUGGCCCCAGUUCUUCACUACUGGAUGCAUAAAACAAGCUCCUGAUUGAUUAAAUAACCCACUAAACCAGGCUUCAUUUCAAGUCCCGCUGAAGUCAGUGAGAUUUACAGCAGAUCCUCCUUACUUCUAAGGAUCGCUCUUGCUUUACGUUCGUGUCUGUGCAGGUAUUUAUAAAACCACCGUGUGCACCCAGCUCCGAUGGUCUCAGCAAAGGAACGUUUUGUUCAGAGAGAGAAAUGUUGUGUUUUACAUUUAAAUGAAGUGUCUUUGCUUGAAAUUCCUCUUAAGUAAUUGUCCCAGUGACUUUAUACAUGUAUGCUUUCCUCGUGUAAAGUGCUAUUUUAAAUUUUCUAUGUAAAAGAAGGACAUUGGAAAUAUUUUAUUGUAAAACGUUUUGCUGAAGAGCCAGGCCACUAUCCCACGUCCAAAUGUAUGCCUUUUAAAUUCGGAGAGACUCUCUUCAGGACAUGACCUGCAGAUCACCACUCUUUAAUUGGAGUAAGAGCAACUAAUUAUAGGACUGUAUUUUGCCACUCUUAUUCAUGUUAAAUAGUGCCUUGCUCACCAAGUAGUUGCACUGAAGUUUGUGGCACUACUCUGAGAUAACGUACUAGCAGCAGCUCUAGUAAGGGUGGCAGAAAUCUGGCCUUUAGUGAUGUAGUUUGAGGUGAAAUAAUCGGGUUGUGGUUGCAGAUGUUUAUGGUAAAUUUGGGAAAGAAGUGGGGAAGAGAUUAGUGGGAUGUGAAGCUUCAGGAUAUGAUUAAUUGUGUAAUAAGGGUUUUAAGCUCAGUCAGAGACAAGUUGUAGCAGCUUGGGAAGUACGGAGGACAGUUUACAGUUAGACUUUAGCUUAGAACUUGUUAAAACAAUAGUAUUUUUUUAGAGUCUGCUUAACACAAUAAUUACGCUCUGAAAUGAGAAAUCAUAUGUAUUCAUGUAUUUUCUGCGGAUCACU